CGAAGAUGGAUAACUUGCAAGAGAUGUCCGAUGUUCUGAGGAGAGUGUCCUUGAUCUCCAUAAGGAAACCUGAUGGAUUGGUGGAUAAAUUAAGUAAAGACAAACACAAGCCCAAGGAUACUUUGUACAUGGUACACACUUUAAGUUUACUAUUUGGUGCGCUCAAUAUGCUUCCUUUGACUUUCUUCAUAACGGCUAACGAUUACUGGAUGUAUAAAUUUAGAGAUCCUGCAAAGGACACGGUAGAUCUGAAUAAUAAGACGACCCUUGAAAAAUAUUUCGUGUCAGGAAGUCUGGUAGUCCAAACUAUACCCUCUAUGGCGACUAUGUUACUAGCGGCAACUUUCGGACAUAGAUUUAAAGUACAACCCAGGAUUAUUAUAUCGUUGACUCCAAUAAAUAUUAUUUUUGUUGUAUUUACUGUCCUCAUAAAGGUUAACACAGACACAUUUUAG